AUGUGGAGGCGUCCUGCGUUGCUGUUGCUGCUGUUUGCAGCGGUGAUGCUGGUGGAUGGCACGAAAAAUGCCACACACGAGCCGGGUGACGUGGGCAGUGUGACAUACCUAGACGUGCUGAGAAGGAUAACGAGCCUGCGGGGUGAAGACGUGCGCAAGAAUUUGCGAUCGUUGCGUCAGCUCGCCAUAGAGAACGGGUUGAUUAAACCGGCGAACUUGAAGCCCGAGGUCGGUGUUAGCGAUGGUGCUGAGGAGGAGUCAUCCGAGGUGGAGCAAUCGUCGCAGGAGUCGGCGUUAGAACCGGGUCAGGAUGUAACGGCAAUAUCAGAAGGUGAUUGGAACGGUCGCAAGAAAGGUGGCGGAGGAAGCAACAACAACAACAUCGUGGUGGCAGGUGGCGGUGGAGGCCACGACGACGGUUCGUACUCGAUCAGCAUCGAGGAGAGCGGCGGUGGCAACAAGAAGGGCAAAAAAGGCAAAAAAGGUAAAAAGGGCAAAAAGCACCGCAAGCAGAAGCGCAAAGGCUGGAAGAAGCACAUGAAGAAGGCGGUCCCGAUCGGGGCGGCCAUUUUGGCGCUGAAGGCGCUACUGCUGCACUUCAUCCUGAAAAAGCUCGUCCUGGCGACGGCUUUCUCGCUGCUGCUGAGCAAGAAAUCGCUGCUGGUGUCAUCGCUGAUCGCGCUUAAGCUGCUGCUGCAGCAACCACACAGCAACGAUAAGAGCGAAAGCAGCAAGCUCGAGGUGGUGCACAUCCCGAUCCGUAAGGACGCCGGUUUCCACAAAAAGCACCAGCAACACUCGGUGGUUGGUUCGGGCAAAUCGAAGCAACCAACGUCAACGGGAACCCCAGUUCCGGCCUCAACGAAAGCUCCUCUACCGAGCCUGUCCCUGUUCGAUCCAUUCGCCGGUACGACGCCUCACCAGUUCCAGCACACGCACCAGCAGAUGGCGGAUUUCGGUGGAAAAUACAUCCCACUUGGGUACGAGACCAAUCACUACCACUUUGAUGGCUCACCAACGGUGCCAGCGUUUGGAUCAGUCCAGAACGUGGAGCAGUUCUUCGACGAUGCGGAUGAGCUGCAGUUCGAUCGACAGGAUAAUGGCUGGGACGGGUGGAGUGGAUGGAACCGGGGUGAGCGGUACGAGCAGAGUGGAUCGGGUGGCUCCCCGGUGGCCACUGGAACUGGAGGAUGGGGUGGUGCCACCGAAUAUGCUGUAGAGUCGGGAAAUGACUAUCUACCGACCGGGUAUGGGUCGCCUAAUCGUAGCCGAUACGGUGAGCAGGUCGAUGACUAUCGAUCGCAGGUGGUUCAGGCCAAUAACCCGACAGGUCGGCUGCAGCAGCUGAUGGGUGAUAGGAGAAAGCGAAAGUUCUAG